ACAGAGAGAGAGAGAGAGACACUGUGUAGCGCUUUCCGCGGCUUUACACAAUGAGCGCUGGCAACGCGAAUUCGCUCACCUCCUCGGGACAGCAGUCCAUUGAGGAGGUGAGCCACCCGCUGUCAGCCGAGGAAUCCGUUCUGUCGAGCCCAGACACGGCCAACGCCGCCAUCAGCCUCGCGGAGAAGGACCUAAGUCUCCUAAAUGGUACUCCAGUGGAUACAUCUAGCCCAGCAUCAUCUUCCUCCCUUGUUAAUCGCCUUCAACUGGAUGAUGACCUUAAUGGAGAAACCCAUGACUUGUUUGUUUCUGUUGAUGAUCCCAAGAAGCAUGUUUCAACCAUGGAGACAUACAUCACAUACAGAGUCACUACAAAGACCACCAGAACAGAGUUUGACCUGCCAGAGUACUCCUUGCGGCGCAGAUACCAAGACUUUGACUGGCUUAGGAACAAGCUGGAGGAGAGUCAGCCGACACACCUCGUUCCUCCCCUCCCUGAGAAAUUUGUGAUGAAAGGUGUCGUGGAUAGAUUUUCAGAAGAGUUUGUAGAAACAAGACGAAAAGCUCUUGAUAAAUUUCUGAAAAGAGUAGCAGACCACCCUGUUCUGUCGUUCAAUGAGAAUUUCAAUGUCUUUCUCACAGCCAAGGACCUUAAUUCAUAUAAGAAGCAAGGACUGGCCUUGCUGACAAAAAUGAGUGAGUCUGUGAAGAAUGUCACAGGGGGGUACAAGCUAAGGAGUCGCCCACUGGAAUUUGCUGCCAUGUUGGACUACCUGGAUGUGUUUACACAAAAGCUGGGAACCAUUGACAGAAUAGCACAGAGAAUCAUUAAAGAACAGUCAGAAUACCUGAUGGAGUUGCGAGAUUAUGGACCUUUGUAUAGCAGUUGGGCAGCAUUUGAAGGAGAGCUGCAGAAGCCUUUGAAGAGUGUGUCAGAAUGUGUGACCAGCUGUGCCACCGCCCUGGAAGAACUCACUGAUGACAUGAGCGAGGACUUCCUCCCAGUGCUGCGAGAAUAUGUUCUCUACAUUGAGUCUAUGAAGAAUGUUCUGAAGAAGAGAGACCAAGUCCAGGCUGAAUACGAAGCAAAGCUGGAAGCUAUAGUUGUCCGGAAAGAAGAGAAGAUAGGGGUGCCCAUGGAUGUGGAAAAAUGCCAAGAUCGUAUGGAGUGCUUCAAUGCUGACCUGAAAGCUGACUGGGAACGCUGGCAGAACAACAAGAGACAAGACUUCAGACAGCUCCUCACAGGAAUGGCAGAGAAAAACAUCCAGUACUAUGAGAAGUGCCUUGCAGCCUGGGACACAAUCAUUCCAUUAUUGCAAAAGAAAGAGGAUAUGAAUGUGGACACAAACUGAGACUGGGACAAGUGCCUCGCUGCCUCUUCAUUCCUCUUCUUCACCUUUGCAUCCGCAAUAUGGGCAUGAAACACACGAUAGUUGUUUGUGUUGGAAAACUUCUGUUCUUUUGCUUAUGAAAUCAGACUGGUAAAACACUUUGAGUAUUUGUACAUCUUUUUAUGUGUUUAUACCAGUAAAACUAUGCACCUUCAGUUCUACCAUGUGCUUUAGCUCGAUAACUGAUCGCUUUGACCUUGAUACUCUGAGUGCGUUUGCCAACUACUCACUCCUACACAGAAGGCUGCAAAGGUUUGGAUUCAACUAAAACUAAUGUGAAGGAUUAAAAAGGUCACACCAAAAGUUUUUUUAACAUAAAUUGGAGCUUGUAACAGGUGAAAAUUAGCAUUUUGUAAAUAUUUUAGAGUUUGAAAAAAUUCCCACUUUUUGUUAUGUUUUCAGUGCAAAAAUUUGGGUAUAGUGUGUGCAAUAUUUCAUCCAAAACAAACAUGUCUAUGAUGGUAAUACAAGGCAAUACCUUUAGUUUCCUCUGUGCUGUAUUAAAUUUCCCAAAGAAGUAUUGUUUCCCACGACAUGAUUAGGAAGAACACGGUACAAACAUACACAUAUGAAGAUGAAGCAAUCGGGGAGACGUGUUGCCCUAGUGUUCAAACAAGCCUAAUUCUCAACCCCCACCACCAAUGGGACCAAAUUGACAUUUCCAUAAAAUCGAAGGUUUAAAGCAAAUCCUUUCAGGGCCAUGCUUUUCCUCUGACUAGGUGAAAGACAAAGAAAGUGUAAAAUAGAUGAAUAAACAGUGUCUACUAAGUAACUAAUAAACUAGCUGAAGUGCAGUUUUUUCUCCCUUUUAAAAGGGAGAUUUACAGUGAGCACAUAUUUAAAAUUGCUACAUAUACCUACUGUUUUGCGUAUUGUAUGUUUCUCUCGUAACAAGUGAGAUUUUAUUUCAUGUAGUUAUAAAAAUAUUGCUGAUUCAGAUUUUAGAUUCAAUAAUUAGUUCCGAAACAAAAUUAGAGGAGGUGCUCGAGAGACAACUGGUUAAUAAAACUUAUUGAAACCUCCCUCAAGCCACAUUAUCUAUUUUGCUUUUGAAAUUAAUAUUUGAUUUGACUAUCCGUACAUCACCAUCUAUUCAUGAGAAUAACUUUGUUUUAUAGUGCGUUGCAUUAUGUUAAAAUAUUUUCCCUACAUCUGUUGAAGGUGGUU